AAUCAAAAUGUUCAGAAACGUGAGACGGUUACUAUCUCAUUUCUCAAGCUUUUCACAUUGCGAUAAGAUCGUGAACAAGCCAAAUUUACUGCCAGUCACUAUCUCCAGUAGAAUGGCUGCUUCAGCAACGACAACAGAUGAUCAGUCUGAGAAUGAUUUAAGGAGUGUUCUCGUCAGCACCGUUCUCGAUUUGGAGACUUUGGACCCAUAUCUGUUCAGAGCCAAAAACAUGUGGCAUGCAUAUGGACCAGGGAAGAGACUAUUUGGUGGUCAGAUCAUUGGUCAAGCGAUGGUAGCUGCUGGGAGGACAGUGAACCCUGAACUAUCUAUUCAUUCACUUCAUUCUUAUUUCAUCAAAGCAGGAGACUCAACCUUACCCGUUCUUUAUCGGGUGGAGAACCAGCGUGAUGGACACAGCUUCUGCACACGCUCAGUUGAAGCCAUUCAGAACGGCCGAAUCAUUCUCACAAUGAUGGCAUCUUAUCACAGGUUUGAGGAUUCUCCGUUUCAUCAUCAGUACACCAUGCCUGAUGUACCCGAUCCUGAUACCAUGACAACAGAUAUUGAGGAACUCAAGCAGUUUGUACAGAAUCCAGAUAUUCCUGAGAGGCUGCGUAAAUGGGCUCAGAAACAGCUUGCUCAAGAAAUCACAUUCGAAACCAAGCGAGUAGACAGAGAAAACUUCUUUAGCAUGUCCUUUGAUCAACCUACUGAACCCAAACUCUUGAUUUGGGUUAAAGUUAAAGGAAACAUAGGAGAAAAUACAGGUGAAGGUGGUAUGGAUCUUCAGCAUUGUUGCUUAGCCUACAUCUCAGACCUGUUUCUUGCCGGUAUGACGUAUCUUCCCAACCGAGAUAAACCCCUUGGUAUGAUGUGUUCAUUGGAUCAUUCUAUAUGGUUUCAUGCUCCUUGCCGGAUCGACGAAUGGAUGCUAUAUGAAUGUGAAAGCCCUCAAUCGGGUCAUGGUCGUGGGAUGACUUUAGGUCGAUUCUGGAGGCGUGACGGUGUCCUUGCAGUGACGGUGGCCCAAGAAGCUCUUCUGAGACCAAAGCUAUGAUGAAUAUGAUCAUUCUUGCCUCCAAACUUCUCAAAGGGGAAAACU